AAAAACAGCUUCGCUGCAAGCGCGGACAUAUAAUUUCAAUAAAGCCUAUGUCAGGUUAUAUUUCGACAUAAAAGUGGAGGAAACCUAUCUCUAGCAAAAAAAGAUAUUCGCAUGUAGGGCAAAGGGAACUAGAGGAGUCCCAUCAGCAAUAUUACAACGGCUGUAAAGGAUUGUUUUGCAAUAUAUGAAUUUAAUUCAUUCGUGCUAUUCGUUUAUGUAAACAUAUAUUUCCCCGUUGCAGCGAAAGGUCUGCUUAGCUUAGCACUUUAUAUAACCGGUGCACGUCCAAUGAAGAAGUAAAAGUGAAUCUUGAAUUUGACGUCAAGGCAAAAAGAAGGCACUGCAGCUUUAAAAAUGGCUACUGGAUCGCGAACGGGCAGUGUUAGUAUGGAUGAAUCUGAUGCCGGUCAAGUGGAUUUCGAUAUUUCUAAAGAAGAUUUGAUAACAUUAAUGAAAGGAGGCGAGGAUGGUCUGACGUUUCUUCGAGAAACGUUUGGCAGUGUAAACGAAAUCGUUCGACGUCUACAUAGCUCCGUUGCCCAUGGUAUUGAAGGACACGACAAUGAUAUUGCACAUCGCGUGAAUGUAUAUGGUUCAAAUUACAUCCCUCCCAAGCCACCAAAAACGUUUUUGGAAUUCUUAUUCGAUGCAUUUAAAGAUACACUUCUUAUAAUUCUCAUGGUUGCUGGUUUGGUUUCUCUAAUACUCGGAGUUACGGUAGAGGAAGACAAGAGUACUGCAUGGAUUGAAGGUUUUGCCAUAUUUGUUGCUGUAAUUAUUGUUGCUUUCGUUACUGCUAUAAAUGAUUACACGAAAGAGCAGCAAUUUCGUGGUUUACAAAACAAGAUUGAGGGUGAACAUACUUUUACUGUGAUCAGACGUGGCAACUCGUCCUCAAUUUUCAAUGGUUCUAUAGUUGUUGGUGAUAUUUGUCAGCUAAAAUAUGGAGAUAUGAUUCCUGCAGAUGGAAUUCUGGUUCAAAAUAAUGAUCUUAAAAUUGAUGAAAGUUCCCUCACUGGAGAGUCAGAUUUGGUGAAGAAAGGGGAUGCAAAUCCAUUUAUAUUAUCUGGUACAAGAGUAAUGGAGGGCAGUGGUAAAAUGAUAGUGACAGCAGUUGGUAUUAACUCAAGGUCAGGACAAAUAUUAAAACUUUUAGUUUCUGGUGUUAAUGAAGCUAAUGGUGAUGCCAAUGCAGCACAACCACGAAAAACACAAGCAACAGAUGGUGAUACAGAGGAUGGUGGAUUGUUAGAGCCAGAAACUGACCAAACUGAUAAUCAAGAAGAUAAAGGAGAGAAGUCUAUCCUUCAAGCAAAGCUGACAAGGUUGGCUGUCCUUAUUGGUUGGUUUGGUCUUGGUGCUGGUAUAUUGACUGUUGUUGUUAUCUGGAUAAGGUUCUCAAUUGAAACGUACCAUAUUGACGGUGAAUCAUUUCAAAAGAAGCAUAUCUCUGCAUAUCUGCGGGCAUUCAUCACUGGUGUCACUGUGCUAGUUGUUGCUGUUCCUGAAGGACUUCCAUUAGCUGUGACAAUAUCUCUUGCUUUCUCUGUGAAGAAAAUGUUACAUGACCAUAACCUUGUCCGACAUUUAGAUGCAUGUGAAACAAUGGGUAAUGCAACAGCAAUUUGUUCUGACAAGACAGGAACACUAACUACAAACCGCAUGACUGUUGUGCAGAGUUAUUUGGCAAAACGAAUAGAUUAUGUUUUAACUCCAGAGUUCAAUCAUGAGGCGAUUCCUGAAUAUUUGCGCCGGACUUUAGUGGAAGGGAUUGCAUACAACAGUAGUUAUGCGUCAAGAAUUGAGCCGAGUGAUACCGAAGGAGGAUUGGAUCGUCAAAUGGGGAAUAAAACUGAUUGUGCAUUGCUGGGUUUCGUCGGUACGCUACAUGACCAUUACAAUUUCUACCGGGGGAAAAUGCCUGAAGAACGUUUCGUGAAGGUUUUUACAUUCAACUCAUCCAGAAAAUCGAUGUCCACUGUUGUUCCGUUGACUGACGAGAAGGAACAGGUGACUGGUUAUAGAGUUCAUUGCAAGGGUGCGUCAGAAAUAGUUCUGUCAAAAUGCACGUCUAUCCUUGGUCAAGAUGGUCAGGUGACGCCGUUGAGUAGUGAAGAACGUCGUGGUAUUGUGAAGACAGUGGUUGAACCAAUGGCUGACAAUGGACUGAGAACGAUAUGUUUGGCGUAUAAAGAUUUCCCAAAGGAUACCAAGCAAGAUUGGGAAGAUGAAAUGGCUGUGGUUUCUGAGUUGACAGCUCUUGGUGUUGUUGGCAUUGAAGAUCCAGUUAGACCAGAGGUUCCUGAUGCAAUCAAAAGCGUGCAACGUGCUGGUGUGACAGUGCGCAUGGUCACUGGUGAUAAUGUCGCUACUGCUCGAUCUAUUGCGACGAAAUGUGGAAUAUUGGAUAGCAACGAGGAUUUCUUAGUUUUGGAAGGAAAACAGUUCAAUAAGAGGAUACGAGAUAAAGAUACAGGAAGGGUAAAUCAAGCAAAAAUAGAUGAAAUCUGGCCCAAACUGAGGGUGUUAGCUCGCUCCUCGCCUGAAGAUAAAUAUAUACUAGUGAAAGGAAUUAUUGACAGUAAACUGAGCAAGAGUCGUGAGAUUGUUGCUGUAACUGGCGACGGAACAAAUGAUGCUCCUGCAUUAAAAAUAGCCGAUGUUGGAUUUGCCAUGGGCAUUGCUGGAACAGAUGUGGCAAAAGAAGCAUCGGACAUUAUUUUGACAGAUGAUAACUUCACCAGUAUUGUAAAAGCUGUUAAAUGGGGUCGUAAUGUUUACGAUAGUAUCUCAAAGUUUCUGCAGUUUCAACUUACAGUAAACAUGGUUGCUAUUUUCAUUGCGGUCAUUGGUGCUUUAGUGCACACGGAGAGUCCGCUAAGUGCAACUCAACUGUUGUGGGUUAAUCUUAUAAUGGAUUCUUUCGCGUCUCUGGCCUUAGCAACAGAACCUCCAACUGAUGAUCUUCUUACUCGCAAACCGUAUGGCAGAACAAAACCUUUGAUAUCUCGUACUAUGGCGAAGAAUAUCUUACUGCAUAGUCUUUAUCAAAUCAUUGUGUUGCUUGUAUUAAUGGAAGCAGGUCCUGAUUUGUUCGAUAUAUCAUCGGGUUUUAAGAAGCACGGUCAACCCUCAGUUCAUCUUACUAUCAUGUUCAAUACCUUCGUCUUCAUGCAACUGUUUAACGAGAUCAAUUCCCGAAAAGUGCAUGGUCAGAGAAAUGUGUUCUCAGGAAUUUUUGAUAACUAUAUAUUUGUGAUUAUCUGGGUUGGAACUGUUGUUGUUCAAAUCAUUUUGGUUGAACUUUCUGGGUUUGCUUUUCGCUGUAAAAGUUUGACCGCUCAACAAUGGAUGUGGUGUGUAUUUUUGGGUUUCACCGAGCUACUUAUUGGCCAGGUUGUAGCUACUGUUCCUAAAGCUAUUUUCUCGAAAGAGUUGUGCAGAAUUGGUCGUGGAAGUAUUCCACAAACAAGUAAUGCUCGCUUAUUGUGGAUACGAAGUGUGACCAGAUUGCGACACCAGAUUCGUGUGGUUAACGCUUUUCGUAGCAGUGUAGAUAAUCAAAGUCAACGAGCCCUGACGUCGCCCGUAGUAUUUAAUUCUCUCUUGGCUCCAGUGCGCACCGUCAUGAUUCCGGCCAAUAACUCCACGGAAGGUUCGCGGCUUGAUAGUAUGUCAGACGAUGAAACAACUAAAACAGGAAACGCGGAGACUCCUAUGUAACUCACCAAUCAUGGUACUUAUAGAUGAUUUACGAUAUACUACAGUAUAUAGUUAAGAAAUAAUUAACAUAAUUCCCGUGUUAGGUGGAUAUUUAUUUUUAAGCACGAUUUCUGCCUAUAACUAUUAGUUUAUUUUAAGCUUUAACAAGUAUAUAUAUAUAUAUAACUAAUUAUGAUAAACGCCAAGCAUAUAUACUACCUAGCUCACAGCGUCGUUUGCGUCAUCAUCAAGGUAGUAUUACUUAGAUUGGGCCUUUUACUAAAUAUAGCAUGGUGUGAAACUAACAAUUAUUAGGGUGAAAUGUAUAUGCUUCGACUUUUGUGUGGAAUUAACUAGUUGCUGCUUUAGUUUUUCCCACAGAUUUUCGUACUCGGGAUCACAAACACUGAUGACGUUGCUUUUAGUCUUGAAAACUAUCUAUCUAACUUAAUAUUGAUUAAUUUUCUCUGUGUAUAUUGAUUUUUCCCUGGCAGUUCACAUCACACAAGCAGUCUUCCUGGUUCAAAAGUCGGUAAGAGCAGCUUUUGAACUAGACCCACUGUAUAUAACUGAUACGAUAUAAAUUGUAUCUAUAUAUCACUGUCCAAGAUAAUUCUCAGUUUCCAUUACUUUCAACUCUAUUUAGUUGACUUAAUACCAUACAAUACCAUACUUUAGUAGAUAUUAAUACCAUACACGGUAAACAAAUCUCUUGCUCUUGAGAUAGUAUAGGUAUAUCUUGCACCUAGGAGUUAUACAUUCAAGUUCUUUAGGAUAUAUUUUUUGUCAUGUUUAUGUGCAGUUUCGGUUGUUGCUGAACGGUUGAAGGCUGAGCGUUGUAUUUCGUAAAUUUGGACGAAAAUAUUUCUUCUUUCCAUUCGAUUGUAGAAUCAAAUUUUAAGUAAUUCUCAUAUACAUAUACUUAACAUCUUAUAUUAAACAAGUCUGAUUGGUUAGAUAUUUCAGUUUGAAUCGAAAGUGUCAUCAGUAGAAAGUAAUUUUUACGAUAUCAGACAAUAUGGAAAAACAGCUCCAGGUUUAGUAAUGUAGUUUCUAGAUAAAUAUAGAAUCCACAGAUAACCCUUGUAUGCAUGGGCCCAAUUGUUCUCAGCUAAACGCAUUGUUGUAAUCCAAGAUUCUUAUUUGUUAUGAGUGAUAUUUUCAUGAUUACUACAGUUGUUGUGUAAGAUUAUUUCGAUAUUAAAUAAAUUAUGUACAUUGUGGAGUUUUAA